AUGAGAUUUCCAAGUCCAGCCUGUUGCACACUGUUCCUAUUGCUUGUCUCUAAUACAAACUUUGGUGAUGCCUCGACAAGAGUUUCAACAACUUCUCCAUCAACAACAUCAACAACGUCAUCGUUCCUCCACGAGAAUUCUGAAAUUCUGACGCCGUCUUCCGCACUGGCAUUUGAUGCUGCUGCUGCUGAUGAUGAUGAUGACAACGAAGUCGUCUCUUUGACGUCUUCUAUAUGCACGGAUGCUGCAAGCCUGGCCUCUGAUUUUCAAAAGGCGUUGGUGGUGAUGAACCAACAAAAGGAUGAUAUUCAUGUGGGUCAUUUGCUUUCCGCCUGCGAAGGCUUGGAAGCCACCAUGAGACGAAUUGGGUUUGCCCAAGGUGCCAGUGACAUUGCCGCCAAUCUAUCCAAGAUCCGGACGGUGUAUCAUCAGGUUUCUCCUGACAAGCGAGAUUCCAUGCCGGAAAUACUCCAAUACGAAAAAACGAUGAUGAUGACAGACAGCAAGGCCAUUAAGGAUACCAGUGCGACUAUGGGGCUUUUGUGGCUUGGCCGCUCCUUGAACUAUCAAUACGAUAUGUUCCAACAACUGUUGCUAGACGUGAACGUCCAACCAUACGAGGCUGCCUAUUGUGCCUAUGAACGCAACAUGAAACCACAUUUGUCCUGGCCGUUGCAAAAGGUCUGUCAGGUGGCCUUGAAGAAGUUAAAGGUACUUCGUCGAGAACGUAUGUUAGCUUGCAUUGGUGGAUUUUCAGAGGAAUGUUACGGGGCUUGCGAGGACCAAGCUACUCGACACGACUUGCAACGAGUCGUUCGAUGUUUGGAACCCAUGCUGGGACGUUGGCGACAGGUGUUUUCGGAUAUGGGGCUUGGGGACAUUUGA